CUGGGGAGGGGAGAGCCUGGUACUGGGGAGCGGGGAGGCGGAUAGGAUCCAGCCUGGUGUCACAGCUCCACCUCCCAACAGGGAGGUUUAAACCUUCCCUGAACCCGAUGGAUGGACACCGCACCUGCAAGACAGACAAAGGGGGAGCUCCUAGGACACAAGACAGGCCCUUUGUCUAGCACCUUUUCCCGGAACCGAGGCCGCACCCCCUGCCCAUCUGCCAGCCCUGGCUCAGCUGCUGCCCCUGCCUGCAGUGGGGGAUUGGGGCAGGUGAGAUUCCUCUUCCUGCUCCAGAACAGAGGCUCCCCCACCCCUCUACCUGCCCUCUCUGGCCCACCACCCAAUACUCUUCGGUUUUUGCCCAGCUCUGCUCAGUACAUCUGCCCCAUCCUCCUGCAUUCAACAGCCCCUUUGGAUAGAUCUGCCACCUAGAGCUGAGACUGCGUCUGAUCGAAGUGACUCAACCUCUACCCCAUCUGGCUUUCUCCCCAAGCCAAGCCUCCUGCCUGGCCGGCCACCAGUCAUGGCUCAGCUGCUGCCCAGGCCCCAGGGCAGGGUGUGUCUCCUGCUUCUGCUGCUGGUCAAGGGGAUGCUGCCCCAGCCCAGCAAGGCCCUUGAAGAUGAGCAGGACAUCAAGGGCGAUUACAGCUACUCUAACCUGGAUCUCGACCUUGAAGAAGAUGGCGAUGAUCCCUCUGACCCGAAUCUCGAGCCCGACCCCCCCUAUGAAGAUGGCGACGGUCUCUCUGACCCGGAUCUUGAGCCUGAGCCCCCUUAUGAAGAUGGUGAUGGUCUCUCUGACCUGGAUCUCGAGCCCGAGCCCCCCUAUGAAGAUGGUGAUGGUCUCUCUGACCCAGAUCUUGACUCUGAGCCCCCCUAUGAAGAUGAUGACGGUCUCUCUGACACAGAUCUUGACCCUAAGCCUCCCUCUGAACCCAAGCCCUGGGACAAGGAUACGAGUCAAGAGUACCCCCAGGGCCCCUCCCAGUCCCAACGCUUCAGGGAGUUCCGAACCUGUUGGUAUCCUUUAUGCCUUGUGAUUGGGGUCCGCCAGCCACUACACACUCUCCGGAAGCUGAUCCUGGUGCAGGAACUCCCGGUCUCCCAGCUCCGGGCCCGGAGAACCCCGCAAUGAUCUGUGCAUCCCAGACCUUGGGCUCAGAGGUCUCAGCCCUCACCAUGAAUGAAUAGACCAGUGAAAAGUGACGCUGACAUCUGAUUCUUGGCUUGUGAUCCCACCCGGGCACAUGCAGGGUCUUGGGAACACAUGGUCCCACCUUGGCACAUUCCAGGGCAUAGGCACGUACCCCACCUGGGCACACACAGUCCCACCUGAGCACACAAAGAGUCACCGGCAUAUACAGUCCUACCCAAACACGCACGGGGUCAUGGACCCCCCCCCCCCGACACAGUCAUACCUGGUCACACACAUUGCCACAGGCUCACACAGUCACACACAGAAACACAGAACACAGAAACAUAGGAUCACAGGCACACACAGUCCCACCCGGGAACAUACACAGGAACAUGGGCAUAUACAGUCAUACACAGAAACAUGCAGGGUCACAGAUACCCACAGUCUCCCCAGGGAACACACCGGAUCAAGGGCAUCCCAUACAGAGACAUGCAAAA